CUAACUAAAAACGUGGCUCCCAUAACAGUGAGUGAGCACCACUUUUACUUCACAUGAAAUGAAGUAGCAAAUUCCUUAUAUAGUCAAACCCGUCAAACCUGGUAACGAAUUGGUAAAAAUUAUUGUGUUAAGAAAAAAUUAAUCUAUUACGAUUUAAAUUCGAGAUGGAGACUGUUUUGCAACAAAAAGUGAUAGAAGCAACUCAAUGUAUUGAAAAACAAUUAGACGCUGAAUUAGAAAAGUUGGACAAUUUGGAUAUUAGUGAUUUUGAAAAAUUGCGUGAAAAUCGAUUAAAAAAGUUAAAAUUGCAUCAACAACAAAAACAAAAUUGGCUAUCUUUGGGCCAUGGAGAAUAUUUAGAAGUGUACGAUGAAAAAGAAUUUUUUGAAGUAUCAAAAAAAUCUGGAAAUAUUGUUUGUCAUUUCUAUAAAGAUGAUUCACCAAGAUGUAAAAUAGUGGAUCACCAUCUUAAAAUACUUGCUAAGAAACAUAUUGAAGCAAGAUUUUGUAAAUUAAAUGUAGAACGGUGUCCAUUUUUAACUGAACGUUUAAGGAUCAAAAUUAUUCCUACAAUUGCUCUUAUUUUAAAUAGUAAAACUACAGAUUAUAUUGUAGGGUUUACUGACCUGGGAAAUCGUGAUGAUUUUUCCACAGAAACAUUGGAAAACAGAAUUUCACUCUCAGGUGUAAUCAGAAUUGACGACAAUUUUUCUUCAGAAAAAGAAGAAAAACCAUGGUUACCGCAGGGUUUAAAAUCAAAAACUAUUAGAGAAUCUGAUUCACCAAACUUUGAUGAUUCAGAUAUUGACUAAAAAUAUUCAUAAUAAUUAAGAAAAAUUUAUUCAUAUACAUAUUAUUUAUGUUUUUGUUAAAUCGCUUCUUUUCAUUCUAAAUUAUAAGUUUAUUUGUAUUAAAAAUUUUUACCAAUGUAACACUUCAUUAAUAAAAAUUCGCAAUUAUUCAAUCAAUA